CCCAUCCUUGCAGUGACCCAGCAUCCAUAGAUCUGCAGUAUAUUGCCCUGCAAUAUGAGUCACAGGACAUGGAUAUUGUGAGUCUCCUCAACAGAACCAGUCGAAUGCUGUACGAGGUUGAUCGAGUCUAACUCCACGCGACCGGCAGCUCACGCGCCUGAUCGCAGGCUCCGGCACGUCACCCACCAAACAGAAGACCAACACACCUGCUGAGCGCCUUGCUACGUGCAAGAGUAUUUGUAAUGCUCUCACUCAAACAUGGCGAGGUGGUGCGGUUGAGCGCGAGGACGAAGCCGCUUUGAGUUAUACCACGAAACUCCUUCAACGACUCGAGAACAUCCUUCACGACGAGUCACGCCGAGCCGCGCCGCAUUCUUGCCUUCGCUAUGUCGCGUCGAGUCAGACGUAUAUCAUCGUCACGAAGCUAGCCGUCUCCUCUCGCAAUACCGAAAUCAUCAACAUCUCCGCUCAGCUGUACCAUAUCCUUAUCAAUGGCGAGGCCGACGGGCUACUGGACAGCAAGCUGUUCACGAGGUCUUUACUGGACCUUGUUUGCUACGCUACAAUAGGAGGACAAGUGAUUGUGGAAGAACGGUUGGAGACCGAUCUGGUCGAGUUGCUGUUUGAGAUUGCUACAAAGAUCCGACUGGAACCAGACAUUCUUCCUGCAUGGUUCCAUCCAGACCGAGAAACAACGCGUGGCCGGAAUGGUAAUGACGAAACUAGAAGGAGUCAAUUUCCGUUGUUUUUCGUCCUGGUGCAGUAUGUCCAUCACGAUGGCCCGGUUGGCGAUUUUGCUCGGACGGCGCUGCUGUACCUGACUGAGACUGCUUCCAAGUUUAAACCAUUGGAGACGUGGAUGAUCGAAAGCGACCUGGCACCUCAAAUGGCUAGUGGCCUGGGUGCUCUAUACAGCAGAUUGAGCAGACAGUCGACCUCUCUGAGUCGACGUUCUUCGAAACUCGCGGUUGUCAGUCUGUCCGACCAUGCAGACACUGUUGAGUCGCUGGCUGAUCCACCGCGAGACGUCCAGCAGGGUGUGAAAGCUUUCUUUUCUUACCUGGCUUUCUGGCAAGAUACCCUCAAUCACUGCAGGUCCAUCGAGGUCAGCGAUACUUUGCUAGACCAUUUUCAGGUGUUAUUCGUGCAACAGCUCCUGUAUCCCUCACUACUCGAGUCAUCAGACGUCGAAGGGGGCUCCACGGUAGCCGUCAUUACUCAUUUGUCGUUGAUGCUACUUGCUGUUGAUCACUAUCAGUUGGUCGAACGAAUGCUAGGCUAUCUCCUGGCAUCACCCAAUACGCCUCGGGUGACCAGAGAGAAAUCUCAUCGACGACAGCGGAUGUCCGUCAGUCGGAGCAAAUCCAUUGACCAGUUGAAAGCCCUUGCCGAAAUUUCUAAUAGUCCUUCGCCAAACCUUUUCAAUCUGCUGGAUUUGCUGGUGAUGAGCUUGAAAUCCAGUCAUUCAGAAACUGUCAACGCCUGUCUCAAGCUCCUAUCAGUGAUCGUUGAAAAGCAUCACUGCCAUGUGGUCAGGAUUCUCUUCCGAGUUGAGGAGGUAGCGAGCUGGCGGGAACAGAGGGAAGUCAGUGAGUUGAACGGCUACCUCUGCAAGUUGUUCGAGUUCUCGGAAACAAUUGCCAGGGAUACUGACUUGGACGGCUCUUAUCAAGCCUCAUUGAUGGACGGUCAGGUCCUACUUGAGCAGCACAGUUGCUUCAGGACAGGUGUGGUAGACAAUGACCUGGCAAAUGGGCGAAGCAUGACUAUCGCAUCAGAGUGCAAGUUGUUUGAGGCGGUGGUACAACUAUUGCGCAACUUCUUUGCAAACGAUUCUGUCACGAACCUCUACCUCACCGAAGCGUUGGUAGCUCUGACUGCUUGCGACCAUAUGAAUUUGCAACGCUGGAUAUUGCCUCCAGCUCAAGAAGGCGGCGUGGAAGAGCUUUCAGCUUUCAACAUCACAUUCGUCCUAAGUGAACUGCUGGAGCAAGUGCGUCAUUGGAAAUCACAAUUUCCCGAUUGGGAUGUAUUGGUCGCCAGACGGAGGAGGGAACUCUCGGAAGACGAUGCGCCAGACCGGCCUUCAAACUUCAGGUCGACCCCAGGACAAAUAACCGGUUCUAACCCAUUACCAAGAAGUGAUUCGCCAUCCAGCAAUCGCUCUGUGUCACAAGCAAGGCCAAAGACCCCGAGAGGCAGACAAGUCCCGAAUGCCGAGUUCGGCUCCAUAGACAAUACGAUUUCGACGUCUGGAAGCCACAGGGCGAACCUAGCAGAACGUGCCCUCGGGCUCUCGCCCCUUCGUCAGUCACUCCGGACAAACGAAGAUGAUGGAUCAUGGGAAUUUCCCGAGACGGACCCGCCACUGGCACCCACUACAACGUCGUUACUCAGAACUCAGGUCGACCUUUUCAACCCGAAGACCCCGAACGAAGCUACAUUAUCACUACCAGUCCAUGCAGGUCGAAGGCAAAACUCAGACAUGGAGGCUCCAGCACUACGUUCGGUGCUGGCGGAGAGUCGAGAUUCGGGAAGCGCUACCCCGAUCAGCCAGGAUGGUGUAGGAACUCGAAGUCAAGCAAGUCUCAGCCAUAUUUUGACGAAUGCUGUCAUACUCCAAGAAUUCAUUCUUGAGGUUGCAGCCAUAGUACAGCUGCGGGCGACUUUCUUUGAUGAGGUGGCUUUCGAAGGCAAUAGUAAAGAGUAAGCGGGUCGACUAUGUCGCAACCAUGGGGGUUAACAGUUGAUUCCCCCUGUCAUGAUUCCAAUCGCAAUUCAGGCGCCGUUGACCAUUUGCACCUGUGUUUGCAUGGUUUUAGCUUCGUAUUCAUCCAAGAGCGCAAGAAAAUGAUUUCUCCGCCACGAGGAGAUCCAAGAGAUAUUAAACGCGUUGCGUUGUAGUUGGAUGAGCUCCCUUCGUGUCAGGUCGGUUUCGCGCGCCAUCUUCUCGAGGUUCUCGUUGACGUAUGCGCGGAAGUAGGCUGGGUCAUCGGACUGGAUAUUGAGAAUUUCGUCAGAAAGCAGUACAGACCAGGGCGUGAUUGGCGCGGGCGAUCUCAAGACAGGGAGACUUACGUUGAUGGUGACUUUUACGCCUCGCCGCAGGAGAGACACGAUCUCUGCGCCUUUGAAGUCGGCGGUCACCACACUGUUAGAUACGGGGCAGCAUGUCAGGCCAAUUCCGCGUUCGAGGAUGGUCGAGAUCAGAGACUCGUCUUCGACAAUAUUAGUCCCAUGAUCAAUUCUUUCGACUUGGAUCUCGUGGAUGCACUGGCGAAUGUGGGUGAUCGAGUUGGCUUGGUCAAUGUCGCACUACAAGCAUUUAAUGUAUUAGCAUGUUGGAACCAUUAACGGAGGCAUCGGCUUAUCUUCCACCAAAACAGGCCCCAGACGAUGAUAGCAGUUGCAAGCAAGCGCUAUCGGGGUUGAAAAGAAUUUAACUUACGUGCGCCGUGAGCAGAAACCCCUCUUUGCUGGCGCGCUGGAAGACAGCGCCGAAUUUGGACGGUGGGUUGUCACGUUCGUCGGAGUCCAGGCCGACGCCAAUGAUGGCGUCUUUGAAGGGCAGAGCUUCCAUGAGUGUGGCCAUAGCGUACUCGGGGGAUUGAUCGCGGAGGAAGCACAAAAUUAGGCUCGCCGAGAUACCAAACGUACGUUGUGCCAUCAGAAGGCCCAAUCGGUAACCACGGAUGACGGUCGGAAAUGGAACGCCACGGGAAGUGUGGGCUUGAGGGUCGAAGAAGAGUUCGACAUGUUUGACGUUCUGAGCAUGGGCGCGGCUGAGGUAGUCCAAGGCCAAGUCGCGGAAGUCGUGCUCAGUCUGAAGAACGGCGAGGUUAGGGUAGUAGACGGCCAGAAAUGAGGUGAGGUCGUGGAAAGAAUAGCCUGUCUGGGAGGGAUCGAGAGAUGACAGGGAUGGUGGGAGAGGGACGUUGUUCCGCUCCGCCAGCUGGCGGGCGAGGCUAGGUGUGAGGCAACCUUCUAGAUGGACAUGGAGUUCGCAUUUGGGCAUGCCAUGGAUAAAGGCUUUGAGAUCGCCAUCGUGUAUAUCUGGUGCGGAAUCGGAAGACAUGAUGAGAUGUUGACUGUUGGGACA